UAACGGGUUGCUGUAUUUCGUUGGCUGAUGGGCGGAUCCUGACACUGAGCUGAAGCUGUGCUCGGAGUUAGGGGUUGAGUUAGACAUUUAUUAGCCGCAGGGGAGGAGCCGAUCCUGGGGUGGAAUUUUAACCCGGACCAGGACUAAUCAACUUGUCUCAGCCCCUCCUGGCUUCAGUUGCGGUUCUUUUGCUCGGGAGACCCGAACGAAUAUAAACAUGUUGACUGAAAUGUUUUCUUAUCGAAGGCGUUUUGGAUCAUUUAAUUCUAAUGCCUGUCGCUGAGUUUGAGACUGAGUUUCCCCGUGCAGUAUAAACUUUUCUCUUCGCCUCCCCAUGGCGGAGCUGAUCGAGCUGCGGGACCUGAGAGAGGACACGCUGAGUCCCGGCAGCACCCGCUCGGUGUACCGCUCGUCCGGUUUGGAGAGGACCAACGCCAUGAGGAUCAGCCCCAGGAGCCGGGCUUCCAGCGUCCAGGACAUGGGUAAGGCGGCCAGACAAGAGCGCAAGAGCCGGCAGCGGCUGCUGGUGGUGGACCAGGAGCCGAGACUGACCGAGAGACUGGGGGAAGGACACGAUUUCAACCCUUGCACCCAGACACAGCCCAGCUGGUGUGACCUGUGCGGCGACUUCAUCUGGGGUCUGUACAAACAAAGUCUGCAGUGCGCAAAUUGUAAAUUCCGUUGUCACUACCGCUGCCGACCCCUGAUUCAGUUGGACUGUAACCGGCCAAAGGCUAAGAGAUUGGAUGUUACGGAAAACACACUGGAACAAGACACAAAUGUGAUGACGUGGACCAGCACUAGCAGCAGUGGUUACUGCAGUCAGGAAGAAGACUCAGAGUUUGAACAGUUCUUCACUGCCAGGACCUCCUUCAUCAAGAAACCCAGGAAGUACAAGGAUGAGUGCAUUGAUUGGAAGAAGCAAGUUCUUUCACGAGAUGAAAUCGAACCCAAGAUUCGGGAGUACAACUCUCAGAUCAAUAACGAUCUCUUGAUGACGCUGAACAGUGACGGAACAUACACUGGGUUCAUUAAGGUUCAGCUGAAGUUGGUAAGGCCUAUCUCUGUGUCUGCGAACAUGAAGCCUCAAUCAAUCUACGAUGCCAAGAAAGCCAUGGGACUGACGCGCCCACAGCCAAUAAAACGCCGCACAUCCUUCUACCUCCCGAAGGACACCGUGAAGCAUUUGCAUAUCAGCAGCCACACAAAGGCCAGUGAGGUGAUCAAAGCGCUGCUCAACAAGUUCAUGGUGGUGGACAAUCCCCGCAAGUUCGCCUUGUUUGAACGGGUGGAGAAAGAUGACCAAGUUUACACACGUAAGCUUUCUGAUGAUGAGCACCCCUUAUACCUGCGACUGUUGGCUGGGCCAGAUGAGAAAAUGCUAAGCCUUGUCCUCAAGGAGAAUGAGACGGGAGAAGUGAAUUGGGAUGCCUUCACUGUGCCUGAGCUGCAGAACUUCUUGCGAAUCCUUCAGCGUGAGGAGGAGGAGCAUGUCAGACAGAUGUUUGGAAAGUAUGCCCGCUGCAAGCAAAAAAUGCAAGAGGAGCUUGCCAACCGGUCCCCAGGCUGACCUGGAUCCCAAGCCACCCCAUGACGCGAGAGAGAGAGAGAGAGAGAGAUAGGGUGGGACAUAAAAUACACGCGCAUGCGCACUUGUAUGAACGGUGAGAUGGUCUUAAAACCAACAUUACCUGGCCCGGCCAGUGACAGAGUGUGAACUGUGGAGAAUACGAAUUAUGAGUGGGGUUACUGCGAGUGGAGUGGGAUAUUAAGAGGGAAGGUAUACAGCCUCUUCCUGACAUUAUUAAGUGCGACUGAGAAACCGUUACUGAACGGAACCAUUAAGUGCUACAGCUGGAAAGUGCUGACCUGCAGGACCAAGUCCCUCUGUCACAAUGCCUGACGUUGUGCCAGAAGGCACCAAAAUAGACGAGAGGACAGAGAGCUGAUUGUUUCAUUUUUGUUCUUUUUUUGAAGUAGAUGGCUGGUUCAUUCACUGCUUCUGCACAAGGUGGGUCAUUGGAUUGGUUGUUGUAGCAGCUUGUAUAUAAGUGUAUGCCUUGUAUUCUGGCUAACCCUUCAGGACUGUAUAACAUGUAGAUAUGAGUACGGAUGGGAGGGGUUAGCACAUCUCAGAAUUUAACUUUAAAGACACAUCAUUUAGAACUUGUGGAAUCCCUUCUAUCCGAAAUUUCAUAAUCUUAGCCUGACUACUGGAGCAAGGUCAAUGAGCUAAGAUCAAGCUACUUACUACAGUAAAAUUUGUAUUAUCUAACACGCACCAUACAUCAGUAAUGCUGCGUAACUCAUUCAGCUUAUAGUAAAAAUCAAACAAAAACAUGCUUUGACAUAAACAGUCUUGGAGCCUCUCCACUUGAAUUCUUUUCACUGUAUGUAUGGAGGGAAGAAUACUCCUCAGACAUUUCCUCAACAACCACCUCAGGCCGAUAACAUUAGUAUUUUAUAUAGUAGCAGUAAAGCUGGGUAAGUUGGAGGGGGCGUGCUGCUGAGAACAUCGGAGAUUCUGCAAAUUCAUGAUAACCUGAAUUUUACUGUGCAUGAUGAGAAAAGCUGAGCUCUUCUGCUCCAUUCCUCCUCACCUGCGCAGAACAAUGACUGAAAGCAGUGGCAAAAACCUUGCAUGACAGUGAAACAGCAGACAGGACUGAUGCUCUGGAGACAAGUUUGAAUCUGACUGCACAAGCUGUGAGAAAUGUAAAUUUAAUAAAUUAAUAAAUCUGGAAUUAAAAAUCAAUUAGUGUACUAAUGAUUUUGAAACUGUCAGAUUGUCGUGGAAAAAAAUCUGAUUCACUAAUGGCCUUCAGAGAAGAAAAUCUGCUGUCUUUACCAGCCUACACAUGACACCAAAUCUGAACAAUGCGGUUGAUUCUUAAUCACCCUCUGAAAAGGUGUAAUAAGCUACUCGUUUUAAAUGGCAAUUAAGAAAAAGCAAUAGAAUACUUAACUUCACACCUGCACAUGCAUAAUGAGGGUGCUGAGGAAGAUGAGCACAAAAAAAAGAUUAGAAUCUUCUCAAUUCAAAAAGAAAAAAACAUAUAACCAGGAGAUUUAGAAUCUCCUCAGUUUUAAAAAAAAGUACUUAACUGGCCUGAAGUACUCACACUUCAUGUGAAGAAUAUUUAAAGAACUGUGGGAUGAAGUCGCAAGUUCUUCUUGUCAGUCGGGACAGUGUGUGAGAAGGAAUUAAGGGAGGGAGACAGUUAAGGUUUUAUAAUGGAAAGUAUCCAGAUUUAAAGAAUAGAGCUAUGUUGGUUUGCUACAGAUACAGGGUGGGCCUAGCUUGGUGUCAGCUGGGCUUGGUGCGGGUCAGCCUAGGCUCUGGUCUGUGCAUUUUAACUGAGUUAUCCGCUCUAAAGGUGAGCCAGCCAAUCAGAAGUUGUACUAUUUCCAUCUCUUUGGGCAGAUCGAUCUUGGGCACGAAUUUUAAGGUUUGCAUCAUUUGGGGAAAUGUCUUAAAGAAUGAAAGUCUUUGUCAAUAGCUGCAAGUAAAGAUACUGAAAGCUCAGACUUAAAUUUAUAGAUCAGAGAUUUGAUCCCCAGUCUGAUUUGAUUUAACCCAACUCUGUCACAGUGACCAAGGACAUUGUAGCUCUUUUCAGCAUUUGUGCUGGGGAGUGAAUAUUAAGCAGAGGCUGUGCUCCUGAUUGCAGGCUUUCUGCUAGAAAGUGGAUUCAUGUGGGCAUUGGGUGAGGUAAGGGUCAUACUCAGCUGUGACGCACUUACAAGUUGAAUAGGCUGCUGACCUCUGGGCUCUUGUGGAUAAUGAGUGCCCCAUGAGACUGUGACCUUGGAAAAGAAGGAGUAAUGGCAUGUUUGUUGGCAAUGUGGAGCUGCAUGGUUUUCUCCAUUCACCACUCCUUCCUUCCCCAGGCCUAAAUGAAUGCAGUGAAAGCGUAGAAAGUAGCAAAAUGACGACUUGUGGACUGCCAGUGGAAGAUUGAAGAGACACAGGCCAACUGGAUGAGCUGAGCUUGCGUCCUAAUUAAAGCAGUUCAUAAUUUAUAUUUGUACUUUUAAGUUUUACUCAAUAAACUACGAGGUGGAUGC